AUGGUCGCCUCGGAUCGACUCAAGAAAGUCGCCGAUACUUUGUCCUCAAAUCCCAUCUCUGCCUCGGUGUUGCCGGAUACAAUGUCUUCUCGAGUGCAAGUGCCUGACCGGCUCCCCUGGGAUCCUACUUGUACCCGGUUUCCUUCUCGCAACGAGUUGCCCACGCUCACUGGAGCGCCGGAAGGUGCGGCUUGGGUGUGGGGUGAAGAUGAUUCGCUUGGGAGACUGAAUCUGCUUACUCCGGAGCGGGUGAAGGCUGCCGCGGCGGAGAUUCAGACGGGGGAAAUGGUUCGGCUUGAUCUUCCGUUGAAUGUUCCCGAGACUCCGGCUUUUGGACGGGAGGCUUUUCAGCAUAAAAUCAAGUUACUGGUCGAGGGUGUGGCGUACGAUGAUACGUAUACGUUGAACACACAGAGUGGUACGCAAUGGGAUGGAUUCCGACAUUUCUCACAUAUCGAUUCUCAAACCUUCUACAACGGCACCAAACCCUCCGACAUCGUCGGCGAAAACGCGAACCUCCGCUGCAGCAUCCACCACUGGGCUGUCCAUGGUAUUGCCGGCCGCGGCAUCCUGAUCGACUAUCGCCACUAUGCGAAAAUCCACAACAUCGACUAUGACCCAUAUACGGCGCACCCCAUCUCCUUCGACGACCUCAAAGCCUGCGCCACGUACCAGGGGAUCGAUCUCCGUCCGGAGUCGCAAGGCGGGGACGUCAGAGUAGGCGACAUCCUCAUGGUUCGCUCCGGGUUCGUAGAACGGUAUAACCAGCUGACUCCAGCGGAGCGCACGGCGGCCGCCGAGCGCGCACACGAUGAUCUUAAGUGGGCGGGUUUGAAGCAAGAAGAGGCGCUCCUGGACUGGCUUCAUGAUUGCUACUUUGCCGCGGUUGCAGGAGACUCGCCCACGUUCGAGUGCUGGCCACCGGCUGACGGGAACUACAUGCAUCAGAACAUUCUGGCGUUGUGGGGGAUGCCCCUGGGUGAGAUGUGGGAUUUGGAGAAGUUGGCGGUCAAGUGCCGGGAAAGGAAGAAGUGGACUUUCUUCAUGACGAGCGCUCCGGCCAAUGUUGCUGGAGGUGUUGGAUCUCAUGCAAACGCGACGGCUAUUCUGUAG